GGUAGAACAGUUGGUUGUCGCUCGCGGAGGGUGGGGUACGGUGGUCUUUAAUUUAUUUUUAUGUGUUUAAUUUGCCAUUGGAUCAAAGCUAGCUAGCUGCUAACUUUCUUGCCGAUCGAAUCCGAACCAUCAAUUUUUGUGGUCAAACAAGCUAAGUGUGAUUGAGAUGAUAUGAUAUACUGGGAAUUUUGGCUGUCCUUUAAAGUAGUGUGGGAAUCAAAUCUUUAUGUCAACUCCUUCAGUAUUUAAAAUCCAUUCCAAAUUCUAGAGCAUCUGAGCAUCUCUGCACUAGCAAGGGACAAAACUAUUUCGAAGUUGAGGUCCUGCGACAGCACCUUUCAAUUGAGUCAACAUCCCAUUUAUUAUAGAGUAGGUAGCAUCGUAUCAAUCUUAUGGACCACUUUAGCUGCUGCCUGCUAUUAUAUCCUAGGCCUUUGCAUCUCCUGCAAUGUGAAAAUUUUGUUGGCAGAACUAUGAGCAGAUUUCAUAUGAACUUUGAGGGUGGAGAAUGCAUGAGUUAAAAGGACAGAAGCUACUAUUCCAACUUGUCUUGUCAAGGGAAGGGGAGAAGUAACUUCCAUACUAUAGACUGUUCUUGAUAUGGCAAGGGCCUGUUGGCCAUAUUUUGAUCCUGAAUAUGAGACUCUAAGCAUCAGAAUAAAUCCUCCAAGGGUGUCUGUUGACAACAUCAGCUGCAAGGAUUGUACCAUAGUGAAGGUCGACAGUGUCAACAAACCAGGAAUACUUCUGGAGGUUGUGCAAGUCCUCUCUGACCUUGAUCUCAUUAUCACUAAAGCUUAUGUAUCCUCUGACGGCGGGUGGUUCAUGGAUGUUUUUCACGUUACCGACCAACAUGGCAAUAAAGUUACAGAUGGAAACACUAUUGGUUAUAUAGAAAAGGCUCUUGGACCAAAGGGUUACACAUCAGAUGUGUUGAAGACUUGUCCAGGGAAAAACGUGGGAGUUAACUCUCUAGGUGACUACACUGCUAUUGAGCUUAUAGGCAGGGACCGCCCAGGUCUUCUGUCUGAAAUUUCUGCUGUCCUUGCCAAUCUCCAUUUCAAUGUUGUUGCUGCUGAGGUCUGGACUCAUAAUCAGCGCAUAGCAUGUGUUCUUUAUGUGAAUGACAAAGUUACAUGCAACGCUGUUGAUGAUCCGUCAAGAUUGUGUGUCAUUGAGGAGCAGCUCAAAAACAUUCUUCGAGCAUGCGAGGAUGAUAAUAAUGUAGCACACACAAGUGUCUCCAUGGGCAGCACCCACAUUGAUCGGCGGCUGCAUCAAAUGUUCUUUGCUGACAGGGAUUAUGAAGGCAGUUGCCUGGACAUGGAGGCAGAUUGCCCUUCACUCAAACCAAACGUCUCAAUUGAUCACUGUGUAGAGAAGGGGUACUCCGUAGUCAGUGUCAAGUGCAAGGACAGGCCAAAGCUUAUGUUUGACAUAGUGUGCACCCUAACAGACAUGCAGUAUGUUGUUUUCCAUGCAGCUAUCUCAUCAGAUGGUCCUUCUGCAUCACAGGAAUACUAUAUACGCCAUAUGGAUGGAUGCACUUUGGAUACUGAAGGGGAAAAGGAUAGAGUCAUCAAGUGCCUUGAAGCUGCUAUUCAAAGAAGAGUAAGUGAGGGCCUAAGACUAGAACUAUGUGCAAAGGACAGAGUAGGACUGCUAUCUGAUGUAACAAGAGUUCUGAGAGAAAAUGGGCUGUUAGUUACAAGAGCGGGGGUGUCAACUGUUGGGGAGCAAGGAGUGAAUGUGUUCUACGUAAGAGAUUCAUCUGGAAAUCCGGUGGACACGAAAAUAAUUGAAGGGCUGCGCAAAGAAAUCGGGCAAAGGAUGAUGCUUAAUGUGAAGAAAGUGGCAGCAUGUGCAUGUGCAAAGGUACCACCUGAGACUGCUGGUUGGUCUAAGACUAGCUUCUUCUUUGGGAGCUUACUGGGAAAAUUCCGGGCCUAAAAGUAAUUAGUUUGUCAAUAAAUGGAUUAAUCUUGACUAUAAUAUAUAGCCUAGUCUAAUAAUAAUAAUAAAAAAGUGUCAGCUAAGUGAAGUAAAAAAAUUGAUUGUUAGUUGAUGAAAAUUGUUGACUUGUUGUUCUUUAAAGCUAGCUUUUGAAUGUUGGACUAGUUAUGCCCCAAUGGAAGUGAUCAGGUCAUUCUUAGUCCAUAUAUUUUAUACCACUACUACUACUACAAAUAUACUUUUGAUUAGAAUCUGGUGUUCAACUGCAACAAAUAAGCUAGUCGUCUCCACUCUCCAGUACUGCAGCAGUGAAGGGAAUGUAAUUGGUAAUUAACCAUGGUCAUGCAUGUAGUACAUUAUUUCUAUGCAUAAGUUAUAUUGUAUUAUUUUUAUUUUA